UGGCAAUCCAAGAACCUAUUCAAAAGAAUAGAGACUAUAUUAGCCAAAAGGAAGCAGACAAAUGGGUUAAUCCAAAUGCCCAAAAACCUGGUGAACAUUUUAGAAUAUGGGAAACACGACUACAAAAAAGAUGGAAAAAACUUGGUCUAGGUAAAUGUCUUAAAACAAAAAACUUGGAUGACUGUAUGACUCUCUGUCAUGAUCUUGAACAAUAUGAUCCAGAAGUAGUUAGACCAUCAACAAAAGAAGAACUUGAAAAAAGAAAAUUAGAAGAGAUUAAGAAGAGGCAAAAAAGACUGGAAAAAGACCUAGAGUUUAGAGAGCAAGAAGAGUUAGGAAUGGCAGUUAAAAGAAGAGCUAUAGCUGUACAUCGUGCAAAA